GCUUGUUAAAAUUGUUAAUUUGAAGGCAAGGGUGGGGUAAGUUGGAGGUUGGUAAUUGGUUGGCAGAAUUGGCGGGCUUCUCAGCCUGUAUUUCGCUCUGCGAGGGCGUGUUUGUGUCACAAAAAUUGUGGUGCUGGGCAGCGGCUUGGCAGCUGGGCACCCAGGUACACUGGGUGCUCGGGGUGGGGUUUCGAUUGAGAUGUUUGGUAGUGCAUCAGGUAUGAAUGUGUUUGUUUACAUGAGAUGCCGUAAAGGCAGUGAACUCUGGUGAACUCCGCUUGUCUUGGCGUGUUUCAACCCGUGAAUUUGUUCAGUCAAGGUUAUGCAAGUGGUUCGUAAGACAUCCAGUGUGUUAUUUCCUUUCAUGAGGUAACUCUGGAAUUGGAAGAUUACUGUCGUUUUUUGUGUCGAAAAACAGUACGUUUUGCGCUCAUCAAUAAAAUAUCAUCUGCGCUUAGUGUUAACAUGUGGUUUGGUGCAGUUUGAUUCAAAACGACAUGGAAUAUGCUUUUGCCGAUUUUAAAUUAUUGAAAUUAUGAAAAAAGUGUAAAUUUAAGGUGCAUUUACCCUUAUGUUUGCCGAAACUGAACGGCUUACAAGCUCCGUUUUCAAAAUGUUUAACAAUAAAAACACCAAAACCACUGGUAACAAACGAUCUGCAUUUAUACCAGCUGAUGUGAGCAAAGAAUUUGGAUGUUAUGUCAAGAAACCGAGAUUGGAUGUCAGAUUAACACCAUUGACACCUCAUUCACCCAAUAAAGUCAACCCAAAUACUAGUGGAAAGGAUUCUGGAGAUGAAAUCUGGGGAGAAGAAUUACCCGAGGAAGCUAUUGAAGAAUGUGAGCUUCUAGCUACUCAAGCAUAUCAAGAGUCAUCUGUAAUUAGAAGUGUUAGUGAGAGUUCAAUUACUACAAAAUCAAAAUCUAAGAACAAUUACAAUGCAUCUACAUCUAAAAGUACAUCAAAUGAAUUAAAUGGCAUUGUUGAACGUACAAGUGUAACUUCUCACUUUGUCUCAAGUUAUGAAAAUCAGAAGAAAGAUCCCAUAAAGAUAGCUUUGCGUGUGGAAGAAGGAUCAAAAGUUACAAAUUCAUUUGACUAUGAGAAGAAAUCAAGCUCUCUUGUGGAUCAAAACAAAAAGUUUGAAAAUGAAAAUAAAGAACUUAAAGAAAAAUUUAUGCAGAAAGAAGGCGAGGUUGCAAUUUUGAGAUCUCAAUUGAAACAGCUGCAGUUGCAACUUGAAACUCAAAAAUUAGAACACUUGAAAAGUUUAGAAACUCAAGCUCACAAAUAUACCAAGCAGCUAAGUGACCAAAAGAAAGAACUGGAUGUUACCAAUACUCAACUACAGUUUCAGAUUAUGGAAGCUACGAGUAUGAGAAAUCAUUGUAAAGUUCUUGAAUCUAAUUCAAAAAUAAAACUAAUUGAGCCCAAACCUGCAAGUGUUGAUACUCCUAAAAAGAAGAGAGAUGUGUUCAAAGAGGAACGUGCUACAGUGGCCAAUGGCGGCUUAGGCGCACCAAUUUCCAGAGGAAUGAAACAUGGCACUGAUAAACAUGGGUCAUUGAUCCAUGAAAUGAAACCAGUAAGACUUGGAGUUAGAGAAGGUGCUGUAUUGGGAUUAUUGGUUAAUAAAUAUCUGACAGCCAAGUCACAUUCAGAUAUUUCAUGGAUCCUCUACCUUAGAAAAAAGCAAAGCCUUUGCAGAAAAAUAAAAGAAGCUCAAGGAAUCAAUUCCAAGAUUUUGAAUUUGCAAAGGUCAAACCAGUCUUUGGAAAGUUGUUAUUCCUCUGUCAAUAAACUUAUUACAUUGGAUGCUGUCAGUUCCACAGCUGCUUAUUUUUUUGUUGAAACCAUCGUUAAGGAAUGCCAACGGAUAGUAUGCCGACAAAUGCACAUUCUACAUCUUCUUUGUGGUGUGCAGUCAUACACUGAACGAGGUACCCUCAAUGGCGUUGUAGCUUCAGUUAUUGGUACAUCUGCAACAAGAGGAGAUUGUAAUUUGAUGAGUGCGAGAUUAUGGAAUGAAGAAGAAGAAGGAAUAGAAUCAAGGCGUGCUUUGGGUUUGCUUUGUGCUCUUUGUGACAUCUCCAGUUUGGCAUCUGAAUUGACUUAUGGUUCGAAACCCUUAACAACCCAUUGUGAUGAAAUUGCAAAUAAAACACUUCUGGCCGAAGUGGAGAAAAAUGUACUUCCUACCUCUACUAAACUCUUAAUUCUGAAAGGUGUACAUGAGAUACGUGAAAGUGGAGGAACUACAAUGCCUCUUCUUCAAAAGAAGGAUAACAUUUCUUACACUGAAUACUUUACCAAGCCAUUCGGAUUCCUGCAUCUUCUUAGAGACAUUGCGUUUUCCAUUAGUUUUCAGAGAAGAACAAGGCACUUUGUUGGGCUUCUCACAGGUAUUCUAAAACUUCUUACUGCUGUUGCAAGAAAUACUAGUAUAAUGGAGAGAGGACUGGAACUUAUAUCCCAGAUAAUUCGUGAAGUAGUAUUCUGUAGGCCACAGAUGGAAGUUGUUGUGGCUCUGUUUGAAUUACUAACCAGUCUUGCCACCUACCCAGUGGUGAUGAAAUCAUUGUGUGUCAAUAGUGGUGUCAAAACUUUUGUUGAUAUAAAGCUUAUUGGUUUAACCUAUUUUACACGAGAAAAUGCUGUGAAAUGGAAAUUGCUUGAAACUGUAAAGAAAGGUGUUCUGCUAUUGAGAGUUUGGCAACAACAGGAUGGAGAGUAUUGGAAAUACUUUGUUAAAGACAAUUUUGCCUAUCAGCUUUGGCUUGCCAAGAUAAAAACAGAUAUUACAAAAAUGGACUUAAGUGAUUUGGAAAAGGAAUGUGUGGGAGAACUUUUUGGCAAGCCUGAUGAGACUAAUAAUUUGACGACAGAGUCUGAAGAUGAAGAUGGAGACUACUGGGACAUUAUUUCCAGUGAUUGUAAGGUACUCUUCACAGAACAAAGAUAAUACUUUCAGUUUUUUACAUGUAUUAAUUUAUAAUUAUUUUCGUUUAUCAAUUUAUCUUCAGUGUGAGUGGCUAUGAAUUUCUUAUACUGAUUCAUAAGGUAUUACUUCUUUUUUGUAAAUAUAAUUAUUUAUAUAGGUACACAUUUUGUGAAAGACAUCUCUGUAAAUAUUUGAUGAAUACAAGUAAUGGAAGUAGUAUCAGAAGUCAGAGUGUUUUAUUUUUACCUUUACAAAGUAAAUAAUAGGAACUAUAAAAUCUGUGUAUAAACAUUUGGUAAAUGUCAACAAUACAAGUCAAUUUGUAUUAUAAUUGAAAUCUUUAUUGAUUUGUAUAAUAAACAGCAACUUUUCAUGUCCAUAAACAUCUAGUCUUCUCUCUAUGCAAGCGUAUUUUCAAUAAUCACUUAAAAUUAUUCUUUAAUAGAUUCUUUUCACUACGCUAUUUGCGUAAGAGGGUGCAUUGCUUUUUCUGAAAGGCACUUCUCUGACUUCUACUAUUACAAUUUUUAUGUCAGUACGCAUACAUUCCUUCCACACAGAUACCUUUAAAGGAGGCAAUUUGUAAUGGCAUGCAUGUUAUCAUAAUAGUAUGAGUAAUUGGCAUAAAAAUACUACAGUGGACAAAACCCAGGGCCAUUAGGUGGUUGAGCUGGAAUACCGCGUCGUUUCAUGCGGCAUGUGUGUUCUUCAAGGCGAUGUGCAGCUUCUUUAGUGUUCUGCACGUUGUGAGCAGACCAAAGUUUUUCUGCUGCUGCAGACGCCCGAGGCCAUAAGCGAGAUUGAAUAUUAGUUUCAUCCACAACUUCACCCCACAUACAUGCUUCUCCACCCACAACAAGUUCUUUUUGUUCAUCUGUACCCACGAAGUCAUGAGGAUCACAUUCAUAAUAUUUCUGCCAGUCGCCUCCAGUUUCUAGAUGAUCCAAAUACCAACAAGUUGAGAGAAGAGCCCUAUGGCCAGCCUGAGUCACCUUGCUCAAUUCACUCGCUUGGUUGCCCAGCCAUAUAUGAACCACAGUAUCUUGUGGUAUCCGAACGCCAUUAUCAAAAACCUCUUGCCACACAACAGAGCUUGCAUUUAGUUGUGCUGUAAUGUCAACCAAUUUCUGAAUGUACAUACUUUCAAGAACGGUGAAUUCUCCACUAAUAUUUCUGCUCUCCAUGUAACUUAGAAUGUUGGGAUUACUAGCCCUGAAAAAAUAAUGAAUAUUAGAUUAUUUUGUUGUCCAGAAAAUUAUGUAUCAUUGACUUACUUAUAAUAAAUACUUUCUAUGUGUUCAUAUUGGAGAUACAGUUUAAAAAGCCUGAGAUGUAUAUACCAGCAAUCAAAGCUCACUUCAUCACCUCCAAGAUGAAUAUAUUGGUCUGCAAAUAGGUCUACUACUUCCUUGAAGAUUUUUUUUAAGAUAUCAUAAGUCUUCGUGUGUAUAGGGUUUAUUGGCCCAUAAGUGCCAUCUGGUUCAUCCCCAAUGUAGCAGGCUGUAAGUAAUUCAGGAAGGCCUUCUCCCCAAGAGCGAGUAUGACCUGGUGUGUCAAAUUCUGGAAUGACACGUAUUCCUCUCUGUCGGGCAAAUUCAAUUACUGCUUUGAUAUCAUCGUGAGUGUAUACCAUAUUUGCAGGAUCAUAUGCACCUUUUUCACUGAAAGGAGAGAAUUUGC